AUGACAGGGGUGUUUGAAGAGGAGCACCAGCAGUUGACGGAGACCCUCACCCAGUGGGUGGCAACCCUGUCGCAACGCACCCGCAUCUACGACCUGCCGACCCUGCUGAAGACAGAGGAUUCCCUCAACGAGUACCUGCUGCAGUUGGAAGCCAAGCCCAACAACCCCCUCUCACCUCGAGACGCCAGCAACAGCAACCGGAACUGGCCUCCCCUGCUGAACGACAGCCGGGUCUACGUCGCCACUGCCAUGAAACCGGGCAAU